UUCUCUGCCAUUCGGUUUGAUUCUAUUGUCUUCAUGACGAAGAAUUGUGUGAUUGCUUACUUGACUCUACACAUCUUAUAUACUAUAUUUUAAAGAUCAUACCAUCAUAUUAAAUAUACAGACUGUCUUUUUUUUCUCUUCUUCUUGUUGUUAUUGUUUUCCUUCCUGGAAUACUAUCUGAUCGCCUCUCUUUGAGAUACUACUCAUACGACAAGAAUAUAAACACCUCUAUUCUACUCUACACUUUCUGAAACCUCGGUGGCAUACCUAUCUACAAUAUGGCCACGGACUGUUUUCCUGACUUUUGUCUGGUUUGUGAUCGACAAACUACGAAUGGACCCUACUGCUCUCAGUCAUGCAGACUUUCCGAGUUGGACCUCACGUCGCCCAAGUAUAGCACAUCCACUACAUCAGCACCGAUGGGGCGCCGAAUACCAACGCCACAGAGCGGAAAUCCCAGGGCUAGUAAGAAUCAAAACCCGGAUGACAGCCUACGUACUGUGUUGCCCUCCUCGCCAACCCGCGUCUUAUCGCCGUCGGCAUCUCAGACCUCUCUAUCUUCUCUCCGCAGCACCUCAUCGCAAAGCGGGUUAUCGGACCAGUUUCAAAUUGAACUCCAAGGGUACGCCAGUUCAUUUGAUCGGGUUCGAGAUCUCAGGAGGCGCCUCGCGGCUUCUUGACUCGUUCUUCUGGAUUCGCAGCGACUCGACCGGACAGCACGUGCAUGCCCUCCAACCUCCACCUUCUCCAACUGAACUAUUUCACAUUUUCGAGCAUACGAUAUACCUACCUCUUUUCUCUUGAUGUCCCGGAACGAACGUCUCUGUCGAUAUACUUGUUGGUGUCUG